UUCAUCCUUUUCUAAUCUAAACUAAAAGCCAAAAGCUGUUAAAAAAGAAAAAGAAAAAAGAGAAAAAAAAAAUGUCUUUCAAAAAGAUCAAAUCCUUCUUUAUACCUUCAUGUCUGAAGCCUAAGAAUAAUCCAUCCUCAGAAGCCAGAUUUCCUGCAGUUUCCAAGCAAAUAAGUUCCCGGAGAUUAUCGAUUUCCGAUUUGAGCAACUCGUCGGUGUCACUAAUGAGUGAUCUGUCGAAUUCGCUUAUUGGAUCAAAUCUUCAUAUUUUUACACUUAAGGAGCUCAAGAAUAUCACACAAGACUUCUCCAAGAGUAACUUUCUCGGAGAAGGUGGCUUUGGACAAGUAUAUAAAGGCUUCAUUGACGACAAACUGAGGCCUGGUUUAGAAGCUCAAUCUGUGGCAGUUAAGGUUUUGGAUUUGGAUGGCAAACAAGGUCAUAGAGAGUGGCUGGCUGAAGUGAUUUUUCUUGGGCAAUUGAAGCACCCUCAUCUAGUGAACUUGAUUGGAUAUUGCUGCGAAGAUGAACACAGGCUUCUUGUGUAUGAAUUCAUGCCACGUGGCAACUUAGACAACCGACUAUUCGAAAGCUAUUCGGCGACGUUGCCAUGGUUAAGAAGAUUACAAAUAGCAGUUGGAGCUGCAAAAGGACUCACUUUCCUGCAUGAGGAAGACAAGCCAGUCAUAUACCGAGAUUUCAAAGCUUCAAAUAUCUUACUAAAUUCGGAUUUUACCUCAAAGCUUUCUGAUUUUGGCCUGGCAAUAGACGGUCCAGAAGGAGAUGAAUCACACGUCACAACGCGCGUCAUGGGCACUCAAGGGUAUGCAGCUCCUGAGUACAUCAUGACAGGUCACGUGACGACUAUGAGCGACGUGUUCAGUUUUGGGGUGGUUCUUUUGGAGCUACUUACUGGUAGGCGAUGCUUGGACAAGACCCGGCCGAACAGAGAACAAAAUUUGGUGGAUUGGGCCAAACCUUUUCUGAAGGAUGCCCACAAGGUUGACCGAAUAAUGGACCCAAGACUUGAGGGACAGUACUCUAGCGAAGGGGCUAGGAAAGCGGCCACAUUGGCAUAUCAUUGCCUUAGUCAACACCCCAAGUGUCGGCCCACAAUGAGCUUUGUUAUCAAGACCUUGGAGCCACUUUUGGACGUGACUCAUGACAUCUCCAUUCCCUUUGUUUACGUCGUUCCACAUGACGAAGGGAAAGGGCAAGAAAAUGUGAGUGGAAAUGAAUGUUACGCGGCCGUGCCGAAUGGAAAACACAAAGGAAAAGAGACCGACACGAAAGGAAAGGGCUACCGCCGGAGCAGAAAAGGCCAUAGGCAUAAACAUAGGAUUAGGUCAUUGAGGUCCAACGCCGUCUAUUCCGACACCGCUUUGUAUAGAACUCUUGGGAGUGGUUUAUACUCGCCCAAAACGAGCAGUAAAGGAAAUUAGUAAUCAAGCCAAGGUACUAAAGGAAAAAGAAAAGGUUAAUCUGCAUACAUGAUAAUGGUGGUUGUGUUUGUACAUUAGAGUUCUUUAGUUUUUUAAAUUUUUGUUUAUGUAAGAUUGAGGUAUAGUUUUCUCUUCCUUGUCUUGAUUUUAUUAAGCGUGUUAUAGUUUUUUC